AUGAUUUUGGACCACAAAUUCCAGGAUACCAUUGUUUGCACUCCCUGGCAAGGCUGCGGAUUUGGCUCGGAGUAUGUCGUUGCUGGCGCAGGCCAUAAAGACUCCCACCAGAUAUUCAUUGGGGAUUGUAGUUCGGGAACGUUGACUAAAAUCUUGGACGGGCCUAAAGACCCUUCGGAAGCUUUUGAUUGGCAUCCCACUUGA